UUGAAAUGUCGAUGUGACGUCAUAGGCGCGCGCCGCGCUCCGGCUCUGUUGUGAUUCGGCUGAAGAAAGGUGUAGUCUUAUAAUCUAAAUCUAUGGAAACCGUUCCGGUAAUUGUUAUAGUUUUAACAAGAACUUUAAAGUGAAGGUUUUUUUUUAACAGAAGCUCCUGCUGAAGAGACUGAGACACACUGUUAUAAAGAUGGAGUUUAUUAAAGAGGAGAGAGAAGACGUGAAGAUUGAAGACACAUUCAGAGUCAAACAUGAAGAUACUGAGACACACACAGACAUGAUGGAGGUGAAAGGGGAGAGUCAAGAUCUGAAUCAAACAGAAGAGCAAUAUCAUGAUUUCAUAUCUGGAGAAAAAUCUUUAAAUUGUUCAGAGACUGAAAAGACUUUCUUUGAAAAAAGAGCUCAGAAGACUGGAACUAGAAAAUGUUUCACCUGCCAACAGUGUGGAAGGAGUUUAUCUGAGAAACGAAAUCUUAAGAUUCACAUGAAUAUUCACACUGGAGAGAAGCCGUUCACAUGUGAUCACUGUGGAAAGAGCUUCACACAUCAAGGAACCCUUUAUACCCACAAGAGUCUUCACACCGGAGAGAAGACGUACACCUGCAAACUGUGUGGAAAAACGCUGAAUCGAAAAGGAAAUCUUCAGACUCACAUGAGAACUCACAGCGGAGAGAAGCCGUUCACAUGUGAUCAGUGUGGAAAGAGUUUCACUCGUAAAGAAAGCCUUAAUAAUCACAUGCGGAUUCACUCGAAAGAGAGCUGCUAUGCAUGUCAUCAGUGUGGAAAGCGUUUCAUCGACAGUAAUCACCUUAAGAAUCACAUAAUGACUCACACUGGAGAGAAGCCUUUCAUGUGCCAUCACUGUGGAAUGAGCUGCGCAAACAACACUAACCUUGAAGUCCACUUGAGAGUUCACACCGGUGAGAAACCCUUCACCUGCCAACAGUGUGGAAAGAGCUUCUCACGGAAAGAAAGUCUGAAGAAUCACAUGAGAGUUCACACUGGAGAGAGGCCGUACACAUGCAAACAGUGUGGAAAGAGCUUCAUAAAUAAAGGAACCCGUUACACCCACAUGAGGACUCACACUGGAGGAAAGCUUUUCACGUAUCUUUAGAGAAGACUUUGGUAUAUCAAAUAGAUCUAAGAACUCCUUCUGGCAAGAAAGAGACCUAGAAAAAGGAGCAAUUUCAAAAAACACCCAAUCUGAUCUGAUUCAUAUAAAAUAUUGAGUGUCUGCCGAUACUUGAUUGCAUUCUAGUAUUUCCCUAGUACUUGGUGCACACUACAGUUAUUCAAAUCAAACCAAUGUGAACAGGGAUGUGCAGAGAGUCAUAUAAAUUACAAGAUGUUUAUAUCAUAUUUUAUUUAUAUGUAAAAUAAGCAGAGUAAUUGCAAGAAAAAGUGGAGAUAAGGUGAGAAAGCAUGAAGCUUGCGGUCUCAGAAGGACAGUCUCUUGGUCAAGUAAGCAAGAUGCAACCCAUAGCCCUGAUACUGAUUGUUGUCAAGUCCGUAAAAAGUCUUAAAUGUCAUAAAGAGUUGGGGAAAGUAUCCACAUUUUUGGAGCGCAAAUGGAGGAGACAGUUGGAAAGGCAGACAUGUUUUAAAAUUGGCUGGAGACUGUAAUGGUAACUGAUUUGAGAAAAAGAGAAUUUGAGAGAAAUUCUUGUCCAGGAUCUCAGUCAGUUCCAGUGUUCAGCACAGAUUACCAGGUAAUCACAGAUCGAGUCUUACAGCUCUAGAUCUGCUCGCAAAUACAUUAGAACCAUCCCGAUAAUAUCUAACAUGUUUGAUAUUUAUGAUUUUAAACCGGGAUGAUUACAGCUAUGAUUAUGUCAGUACUUUCACAAUAGCCAAUGAGAGAGAAGUCUACAGGGAGACAGAGGUUGACAGAACUUUUGAAAUGGUGACCGCGAAGCAAGUAUGGGUCCGAAAUGGCUUGUCGAAAUGUGGUGCCAAUAUGACUGCAAUCAUCAAAAACAUGCAGUGUAGCCGCAAUGAAAAGAAAAGAGCAGAGGAGACGGCUUCGGCUUUGAACAUACCGGAUGAGUGUAUAAAGUUGCCUGCGCAUUAGUUAACAAGUGUAAACAUUAGCUAUUGAAACGUCAAACUAAGAUCCUUUGCUCCAUACAGAUCUAUCAAAGAACGAAUUGCCUCCUUAAGUAGCUCUGUUGUGUGGUUGUUGUUUGUGACCACCACUGCUAUCUCUGUUCGAAGGUUGUAGCCCUACAUAGAUGCUUAUACUUCUAAGAACCAAGCUUGUAAUUGUUUCUACAUUUUGAGGGAAAUAAUUACUUUAACGCACAUUAGUUCAGAUUAAUUUAGAGUGGAAACAUUGAGUGUCAGAUAAGAGCAACACUGUUGAGGAUGCGGUACACUAAGCUUCUCAAACCCAAAGCAAGUGGGAGUAGGGAAAAAAAGGGCUUACACAAAAGCAGGACUGGCUUGUAUUGUGGACAGGCAUGACACGUGUGUGAUAUUGUGUGCUUAAGUACUGUAGAUAGCUGCAUCAUGUUUAAUUUGGCCUAACUUAGCAUAAAAUUCAAAACAAGUCAACAAACCAUCUUCAUUUCUUUGUGGAUGCAUUCAGCAUGUUCAGGAAAUAAUAGUUUUUGCGCAUUGCAGCAAAGAGUUGCCCUGCAAUGUGAGUAGAUACCCAUCUGUAAAGUUCAAGGACUCUCCUUAGAGCAUCUCUUGGGUCUUUUGUAUUGUAUUCGUGGAAUCUGUCAUACAAAGCAUAAUGUUCUGAAGAUCCAGUGAGAGGAUGGCAGUUGGUAUCCUCCUCCUCAUUUCAGCUUGCUGCCUUCUGCUAGCUGGAUAUUUUCUGCGGUUGAUUCAGCAAGUCUCUCUUCAUGGGGACUGACUCUGCUAGAGGACUUGCAGCACACACAAACCUUCGAGAGGCAAAGUCA